UGGGAUUUAAUUUUUCUCCGUGUAGCGCAUUCCCGAGUUCGUUGUGGUUGAACCUUUUUUUUUUGGAACUAUCUUCUCCCGCUCUUGCUCUUCCCCUCUCGUCGGCCAGCGCCUCGGUCGCUGCGGGGGUGUGUUGCUGGCGAUGCCGAUGCCGCUGCCGCUGCCGCUGCCGCCGAAGAUGCCCGCUGAGCGGAGAUGUCGAGGAGGAAGAGCGAGAGAGGUCCGGUCCAGACCUCUGCCGCUACCUGAUCCUCUGCUGCGCCGCCCCGGUCUCAGCCUCAGCCUCUGCCGCUGCCAGUGAGUCACGCUCUGCGCUCUGCGCUCUCCGAGAUCGAGAUCGAGAUCCCUCAGCCAGUUUGCGCCAAGUAGUGUUCGGAUGCGCUUGCCCGCUAUAUGCCAUAUAUCGCUGUACCAUCACGCUCACACGCGCAAAUAGAUCGUUCGGUCGCGUUUCUGUUGUUUUUGUUGUUCUUGCGUCGGCAUCGGAGAGAUAUAUUAUUUGUUUAUUUCAUCCUCGUCCAUCGGCUGCCCCGCGACGAUUAUGAAGAAAUCUGAUUUGGUUGGAAUGCGAAUGUCUGUCUGAGUGUCGCUCUCCCGCUCGCUCCCGUUGACGGAUCGAAUCGGACCGGAUCGUAUCGGAUCGGUAUGUGUGGCGUCUGGGAGCGGGAUACACUGGCUACCCCUACUACCCCCCUCCCCGACUAGGUGAUGUGUCCGCUUAGAUAUUUCUCUGGCGGAAGUGUGUCGACGAGUGAUCAACAACAUCCAUUGGCCACAUCCUUUUGCGUUGGAGAUUACUCAGUAGUGAACUUUGAACCGCCAGAGGAACCGUGUGCUUGCCAAUCGUGCCAGAAUCCAUGGUAGUUUUCCGUAUCUGCUCUUCCCAGAAGUUAAAAUAAACAACAAGUUCGCCUUAAAUGAUUCAAAUAGUGCUGUGAAGAAUAUUAAAAGUGUCUUAAUACACAUUCAAAAGGAUCAAAUAAUACCACAAAAAUCAGCUUAAAGGAAAAAUAAAUGUAGAGGGUUUGGAAUGGAUGUGAUUCAUGAUGGCCAACAUUAACAUCGAUUAGUCACAAUAUUACUGCAAAAAAAGAUAAAAAACUAUGUAUAUAGUGUUCCAUGAUUCAAUAUAACUCACAUUACUAUUUAAUUCGCAUACACUAAAAAUGGGAUUCCUAGUAUAACACCGCUUAAAAGCAAUUCCAGUGGCUUCCACUAACCCACUGACACGGAUCCGCUGACCAGGACAUUUCCUUACACACUGUGGCUGCAUGUCCAAAAUGAAAAUGCUCCCAGUACAGUUAUCAUUGAACUCGCUGAAUCCCGGCAUCUGGAGCGAUGUGCUGUGGCGCUGUCCUCCGGCGCCGUCCAGCCAGCUGGCGGAGCUUAAGACUCAACUGCCCCCAUCCCUGCCUUCCGAUCCGCGCCUCUGGAGCCGCGAGGAUGUGCUUGUCUUCCUGCGGUUCUGCGUCCGCGAAUUCGAUCUCCCCAAACUCGACUUUGAUCUCUUCCAAAUGAACGGCAAGGCGCUGUGCCUGCUGACACGAGCGGACUUCGGUCACAGAUGUCCUGGGGCAGGAGAUGUACUCCACAAUGUGCUGCAGAUGUUGAUCAUAGAGUCCCACAUGAUGCAGUGGCAUCUGCCCAACAGUCCAGUGACGCCCACCAGUCGUUAUCCCCUGUCGCCGCACAGCCAUCCGCCGACGCCCACGUGGCCACCGCUGAAUGCUCCUCCAGAGAACAGUCCCUUCCACAGUUCUGCUCACGGUCUGGCAGGUCAUCAUUUUAUGGCGCCGAACUCGGUUACGCUGAGUCCGCCGCCCUCAGUGGAUUCCCAGGCGAGUAGUCCACCUCAGGCACCUUACCAAAAUGGAGGAGCCCCUGGAGGAGCAUCAGGAUCAGCAGGAGGACCAGCCCCAGCUGCAGGAGGAGCCACAAACACCAGCAAUCCCACAUCGUCGAGUGCCAGCAGCACCGGCAGCAAUGGCUCCCAGCCGAACAUUAUGCCCAUGAAGGGUAUUAGCAGUGCCAGCAGUAAUCACUCCGAUUCCGAGGAGGAGUACUCCGAGACCAGUGGUGGAGUGAGCAAGUUGCCACCAGCACCACUGUCCUACAGCACGGCCAGUCCGCCAGGAACUCCCAUACUGAAAGAUAUUAAGCCGAAUUGGACGCAACAGCUCACGAAUAGUUUUGUGAACUCAUGGUCCCAGCAGCAACAGCAGCAGCAGCAGCAACAGGCUGCUGCAGUGGCCGCAGUAGCUGCUCAGGCGCAGCAGCACCAGUUGCAGCAGCAGCAGCAGCAACAACAACAAUUGCCCCAGAAGCUGACCCUGGAUAAUACUGCUGGUCCAGUUGUGACCCCCGCUGGAGGAUCCAUCUCCGCACCGACCACGCCCAGUUAUAUGUACAAAGCAAAGAGAGAGUUCUUCCCCGAGAAUUCGGAACCUAAUACAAAUGGCCGUCUGUUGUGGGACUUUUUGCAACAGCUGCUGAACGAUCGCAACCAGAAGUACAGCGAUCUGAUAGCCUGGAAGUGCCGCGAUACGGGAGUCUUCAAGAUCGUUGAUCCCGCCGGACUGGCAAAGUUGUGGGGCAUCCAGAAGAACCAUCUUUCCAUGAAUUACGACAAGAUGUCGCGUGCCCUGCGUUAUUACUACAGGGUAAACAUACUGCGCAAAGUGCAGGGCGAGCGACAUUGCUAUCAGUUUCUGCGCAAUCCCACGGAGCUGAAGAACAUCAAGAAUAUAUCGCUCUUGCGUCAAUCGACACCGACGAAUGGCAAUGGCGGCAGCCCAUCGAUGCCACAGGGCAGCAGCCAGGCACCUGGAAGUCCAGCUGGCCAGAACUGGAAUCCCCAGCAACAGCAGCAGCAGUCCCAGCAGCAACAGCAUCAAUCGCCACCGCGACCCGCCUCGCGGAAUGGUCCAAUGAGCCUGCCCGCCGUUGCAGCGGUGGCAGCAGCGGCUGCUGCGGCCUACGGUCCACCACCCACAUCGCCGCUCUUCAUGCACGCUAUCAAUGGAGCCUUCCACUACCUUUCGGCGGCGGCAGCUGGUCCGCCACCCAAUUCCCCUGCCCUAAACACCCCAUCCACUGUUGGAGGACCCGACAAGUUCCAGUUCCAUCCCCUAAAACUGGAGAAUGGCUCGGGAUCGGGUUCGGAAAGCGCUGGCGAGGAUCUGAAGCCCACGGACCUCAGUGUGAGCAGCAAGAGCACUGCUACCAGCAACGAGGACUGUUAUCCACUCAUUCGCAACGCUGACGGCCUGACGACCAUCAAGUUAAUACGAUACAACGAACACCAGGUAUCCGCUUCGCCAGCGGGGCAGUCGCCCAAGCACGAGGACCAGCAGGGAGGCGCCUCCAAUGCCAGCUGCUCACCCAGGCCCAUGGAUCAGGCCAGUGAGCAAGCACAGCCAGUGCCCAUGGAAAGCGAUUGCAAUGGCGGUGAGUCGGAGGACUCCUUCCGACAUAUGCAGCAGUAGGAGACAAUCACCGCACUACUUCCAUCUUCCACUCCCUCCUGAACACACACACAACAUUACCUGAGCUAAAUAAAGUGGGACCAGCACAACAAGCGCACAGGCACAUAGACAGACACUCUGCUGGAUAUAAUUCUGGAUGCCUUUCGGUUAGGAUGGGUCGCUUAGAAUGCAAACGAAACGGAAAAAUCAUUAUUGGAGAAUUUGUUGCAAUUUCAUUUUGAAAUUCUCAUUUUAUGAGAACAGCUUGUAUUCCUUCCUUACACGAAACUUGAUAUUCAAUAUUCAACUUCAAAAUCAAAGGUUCUUCUAAUAACUGCUGUUUUAUACUUUCUUUGCGGGUGUCAAACGACCUGUCCGACUUUCUGUACAUAAAAAUCACAUAUGCAUAAACAAACACACAAUCAUACAUACAUUUAUUUUAUAGAUCAAGCGUAUUUAUUAAGCUAAGCUAAGCAAAAGCAGAGUGCAUGUAAUUUCGUUGUUGUAAGUAGAUUUCUUGAGCCGGCGCAGCGCAGCCUUCGAUUAUGUGCCAAUUUCUACAUUUAUCAAACAAACAAAAAUAUGCCUAACCAUAAUCAAUCAUAUAAGUAAUGAGUAGCGAAUAAGGAGUAGAAAUUAGCCAGUAGCUUAGACCGUAAGUGUUGCCACCUUUGAGCUUUACAAAUGUUGCCUCAACAAUGGUUUCAAAUUUAUGAAAACAAAAAAAAGAACAAAAAACAAACAAACAUUGUUAAAAUCGAAAGAAAGUGAAGGAAAUAUGAAAUUUGAAUUGUUGUCGAAAUUGUUAAUUAAUAUACAAAUCAGCAUAGAAAGAGUUUUUGUAUACAACAAGACAAAUUGAUUUCUUGUGAUAACAACAGAAUUAUCUUUGAUUCACUUAGGCUGAAUGCUAACGAAAAAGGAGCAGUUCCAAAAAGCGAAGCUGAAACAGUUUUGCGAUCCUUCGUGCGAGGAUGGUGCUGCUCUUGCUUCAAGAUCAGCCAGAA